AAAUUCCCAUAAGUGGCUUCAUAAACCAUUUCUCGCUUCCACCGAAGGGACGAAAGAACCAGAAGCUUUGUUUCUCACUCUCAACUAUCCAUGGCGGCUAGAAGUGCUCUAUUGAAGUACCUGAGAGUGAAUGUUCAGGCUCGAAAUGCAACUCCGUUCAAUUUCUCAGUCAAUAAUAUCCUUCGUCGUAACUUCUCUGAGGAGGUUAGAGGCUCUUUCCUCAACAAAUCGGAGGUCGCUGAUCGUGUUAUCAGUGUGGUAAAGAACUUUCAGAAGGUCGAUCCUUCGAAGGUUACACCAAAUGCCCAUUUUCAAAAUGAUCUUGGUCUUGAUAGUUUGGACACUGUAGAGAUUGUUAUGGCUUUUGAAGAAGAGUUCGGGUUUGAGAUCCCCGAUAACGAAGCAGACAAGAUCAACUCCAUUGACCUUGCUGUUGACUUCAUUGCUUCACACCCCCAAGCAAAGUAGAACCAAGGAAACUUUAUUUGUUCUUUGUUCCAUGCCUUUUCUUUAAACCCUAGUUAGCUUUACCCCUUGGAAUGAUGCCCCUACCCAAGAAAUUUGAAUUUUGAUAAAUUGUUUGUUCCUUCAGAUGCUCCUUACUUUCCAUCUUUGGAGAUCUUGUUGAAUAAGAACGGAUUUUAAAAUUUGUCGUGACAAGAUUAUAUUCGAGCAAGAGAAAUUGUUGUACUUCUGCCCUUGAUGUUGGUUGCAGACUUGCUGGCAAUGUCCUUAACAUUGGUUUGAAGCUACUGAUGGAUUGUGUCA